AUGGAGAAUCACGACGACAUCGUCGACAUGGAAGAAUUGACCGCCCUGAGGAGUGUCAAAGAUGAACUUACUGUACAUUCCGAUAAUGUACUGCUGCGAGAUAGUAGGAUCGUACUCCCAGCAAAUCUCAGAAACCGAGCCGUGUGUUUGGCCAACGAAGGUCAUCAAGUUAUAGACGAGUAUUCGAGAUACCCAGUUGUAGAGAUCGUGAAGUCUGUAUCCGCGAAUGCCAGUAUACCGGUUCUAGACAGAAUCCUUAGCACUUUCGGAACACCUACAAUAAUCAAAAGCGAUAACGGCAGUCCGUUUAAUUCAUACGCAUUUGCCAACUACGCCCAGAACAUGGGUUUCGAACACCGACGAGUCACACCGCGAUGGCCCAGAGCAAACGCGCAGGCCGAGAGCUUUAAUAAGCCGCUCAUGAAAGUUAUACGUGCAGCACAUGUCGAGGGAAAAAACUGGAAGCAGGAGAUGUUUCAAUUUCUACGACAAUACAGAGCAACCCCCCACACAUCAACAGGAUUUACUCCGUAUCGUGUGAUAUUUGGUCGCGAACCGAACACCAAGUUACCGGUGAUCAAGAACACAGGGACGGUUGGCCCUGUCACUGAUGAGCAGGUGAGGAGAAGUGACAGCGAUGCGAAGUUCCGUAUGAAAUCUUACGCCGACAGUAAGAAUCGUGCUCGCGAGAAAACGUUAGUCAAGGGAGACACUGUGAUGUUAAAAAGAGACUUCAAGGGAAACAAAUUGUCGACAAUAUACGACCCUAGACUUCGUACAGUGACCAACACAAAAGGACCGAUGGUCACAGUCACAGGAAAUGUGACAAGGAACAUAUCAAGGUUUAAAAAGAUUGACUCUCAGCAUCCUAGUGCGUCCUUUGACGAUGAAGUGGAGGAACUGGAGGAGACACCUUGGAUAGUAGAUACGCCACAAACCACAAGUCCCGUUAAGCCGAAUACUCCAACAAAACCGAGUCAUGAGGCGAUCGCGAACAAACCGACUACUCCGUUGCCAUUACCCAGUGUGUCGAAAACCAGAGAACGUAGGGUAACCAGGCAACCGUUGCGAUUCCGAGACUAUGAGUGUUAG